ACCGUUGUAUGCUUAAAAACAUUGUUGAAACUAACAAAAUUCGUUGAUGAAUUAAAAUUGCAAUUUUUAUUUUUAAUUUUUUUCUAUCAUGAUGUCCAAUUCAUCUGAAUUUUCUGUGAUUGUUGGCAAUUCAUUUGAAUUUGAAUCUGAUUAUAAUGAUAAUGGUGAUAUUGAAAUUCUAUUCGAAUGUCAUCGGCCAUCGGCUACUAAAUCGAUGAUUACAUCAUCAUCUACUGCUAACUCGAAUAGAUCAAAUGAAUCAAAGAAUAAUACAAGAAAACGAUUAUGCAAUCGUGAUGAUAAUGAUGAUGAAAUACUAUUGCUUCAAGAAUUUAUACCACCUGCAUCGAAAAUCCGCCGUUCAGAUGAUGUAAUUUUUAUUGAAUCAAUUUCGUCUAACAAAAGUCUUGAUAGGACGAACAAAGAAGCUCAAUCUCGAAUUGUUGAUUAUUUUCGAUCAUCCAACUAUGGAAAAACUAUUUGUCGAUCAGAAAAUCAAACUGACGUUAUGAAUAAGAAUAAAUCAUUGAUUGAAAAUCUUUCACUGAUGGAUCCUCGUUUAGAAACGCUUGACCCAACGCCCGACAUUCAAUGUUUAUUUCGUGAAUUUGAUUCGAAAUUUUUCGAAAGCAAACUAAGCAAUCAAAAAAAUUUUCAGAUCAUUUGGUGUAAUCGCUUAACAGCAUCAGCCGGACUAUUUACUGUUGGUUAUUUCCGUAAUGGUAAUGAACAUGGUUGGCGAACAGAAAUACGUUUAUCAUCAAAAUUGCUUUCAUUACGGCCACGUUCUGAUUUAGUCAAUACAUUAUUACAUGAAAUGAUUCAUGCAUACAUUUAUUUUGCCAAAAUUCGUGAUAAUGGAUCGCAUGGCCAAUAUUUUCAUGAAUUUAUGUGGAAAAUUAACCAGACAGCACAUACGAACAUUACUGUUUUCCAUAAUUUUCAUGAUGAAGUUAAAUAUGCUCAAAAUAAUUUGGUUGUACAACGAACACAAAAAAACAGAAAAAUAAUCAUCAAACGACCAAUGAAAAUCAAUCAGUAUUAGAUAAAUGGUUGAUCAAAGGAUGAAAAUCAAAGAUUGAAAAAAUCUAUUCUAUAAUGAUGCUUAAAUUAACUUUUGUGAUUGAAUCAAUAGCCAUCUAAU